GACGGGCCGCUGCCAGCCCCGAGCCGCCGGGAGCCCGCGGGCAGCCCUGCAGCACACGUGGAAUCCGCCGUGCGGGUGACUCGGGCACUGGAGCAGCGCUGAGUCCCUCACGGCGGCUCGGGGCCCGGUCUGACCAGUUUGCCAUCGGGAGUUCCUACGGGUGACAGCUGCAGCAKAAUGGGCAGCUGCACGUGUGGCUGACGAGCUCCUCUCCAGUACAUGGUCUGUGCGUAUGGCUUUGGAGCACUAACAAUAUUCUUAACAUCGAUGGUAUAGCAGUGUUUAACCGGCAGCUGGACCGGGAACAAGAGGCUCUUUACAGACUCGCCUUUGCUCUGUGUGCUUGUCAGGUACCUGAUAAAUCCCUUCCUCAGGCUGACACUCCGUAGCCAGGUGAAGGUGGUGUCYGGAGGGAAGUCUCCCCUGAGCAGACUCAUGUUUUGUCACAAGCCACCGUUGGCCCUAUGGRUGCGUGACUUUUGACUGGUCCCUGUGCCCUGUCAAGUUCCCCUUUGACUAAUCAUCAGCAGUAAUUCUCCCCUUAGGCUAAUUUCCUGUCCUGAGCUGUUUGUAAAUCUGCCCCAUGUCACUAGGGAUGAGAUGUAUAGGAGCAGAGGAAGUGAUGCUUUCCCAGGAAUUAGGUACCUGGCUUCCUCAGUGCUCUCAGAUGCCCCUGAAAUGACAGACGUGAUAAGAUCUUUGUUAUGGGGAGGGGUUUUCUGUCACUCCUUCCCUGUACUUGAGACCUGUUUGCAGUAUCCUGUGCCUUAGGUGUGGUUCUGAAUGAGUCUGCUCCAUCUGAGGUGUGCAUGGUAUGAAAAUAGAGGAUGACUGGCAGCAGGAGGUGAUUCCUGAGUCUGAUUGUGCCMGGCAGUAUCCAGAGUACUGGUCUCAGUCUUGCUGUGUUUCGAGAACUGCUCUGCAUGGUGUGACCUCAGCCCAAGUACUGCCUUCCAGGUUUCAGAGCCCACUGUCCCUGGCCUCCCGCCACCUUCUCUGCACUGACAUCUCUCCARUCUGCUGACUUCUGUUGCUCUCCUCCACUGCUGCUGGUGGCAUGUGAGUGCCUCGUUUGCCAAGAAGCCAACUUGCUGUUUGAAAGCUUUCCAGGGACACGGAAUUCAUUCGUGUCUGUAAUGACCCUUCAGCGUGAGUGGAUGCCAGGGACCUCCAGAAUUAAACUUGUUCCAGGCGUCAUGCGAGGACCUGUGCAGGCGCGCAGGGGAGAACAAUAAUAGCUCCACACACGGUAGUGCCAACUCCCUCCAUCUCCUCCAAUGCAGGCUCAGGGAUGGACUCCACCUUGUCCCUCUGAAGAGACUUUGAAUGCUCUCAGCAGCCAGGAGRGGAUUCUGCUGCCAGCUUCUCCACAAGCUGCCCCACGGCAGGACUUGCUCAGUGGCAGCCUGGGAGGGGAUCCAUUCCUGCACUUGUGUCACUGCCGUGCCCAGCACAUGCCUGUGGACAAAGCAGCGUGGGCACCAUCUGCUCUGAGCUCUUUGGCCUGCGCCAUCUGAACUCACUGAGCUCCUGGCAGACUGUUGGCUUCUCUUCCCAAGUGCUCCCCCUGAGCCUGGUGCGUUCCCUCUGUCAGCGCCCCAAAAGGAUGAGAACUUUGGAAUGGGGUCUGUGAGCAGGCUGCAGCCUCGGUGCCUGUGUGAGACUGAGUAACAGGAGGACUGGUUCACUGCUGCAAGCAGCCCUUGUGUCUGGCUGCAGGGCACCAGCCUUGCCUGGGCCCUUCACCAUGUUCUUCCUGCUCCCCUUUGACAGCCUGGUGGUUAAUCUCUUGGGGAUUUCCAUAACUGUCCUCUUCACUCUGCUUCUGGUUUUCAUCAUCGUGCCAGCAAUUUUUGGAGUCUCCUUUGGCAUUCGCAAGGUUUACAUGAAAACUUUAUUAAAGAUUUUUCAGUGGGCCACACUGAGAAUAGAGCGUGGUGCCAAGGAGAAGAACCAUCCGUUGUACAAGCCCUAUGUCAAUGGUAUCAUUGCAAAGGAGCCAACGUCACUGGAAGAGGAGAUCAAGGAGAUGCGGCGGAGUGGCAGUGGCAAAGCCCUGGACACCCCUGAGUUUGAGCUCUCAGAUAUCUUCUAUUUCUGCCGCAAAGGCAUUGAGACCAUCAUGGAUGAUGAAGUGACCAAAAGGUUCUCAGCUGAAGAGCUGGAGUCCUGGAACCUGCUCAGCAGGACCAACUACAACUUCCAGUACAUCAGCCUGCGCCUGACCGUGCUCUGGGGGCUCGGCGUGCUCAUCCGCUACUGCUUCCUUCUGCCUCUCCGGAUAGCCCUGGCAUUUACUGGCAUCAGCUUGUUGGUGACUGGUACCACGGUGGUGGGGUAUUUGCCAAAUGGAAGGUGCAAGGAUUUCCUGAGCAAACACGUUCACCUGAUGUGUUACCGCAUCUGCGUGCGGGCCCUGACAGCCAUCAUCACCUACCACGACCGAGAAAACAGACCCCGGAAUGGAGGCAUCUGUGUGGCCAACCACACCUCUCCCAUUGAUGUGAUCAUCCUGGCCAGCGAUGGCUACUACGCCAUGGUGGGGCAGAUCCAUGGAGGCCUCAUGGGUGUGAUACAGAGAGCCAUGGUGAAAGCUUGUCCCCACGUGUGGUUCGAGCGUUCWGAGGUCAAGGAUCGUCACCUCGUGGCCAGAAGGCUCACAGAACAUGUCCAGGACAAAAGCAAAUUGCCUAUUCUUAUUUUUCCAGAAGGAACAUGCAUCAACAACACAUCUGUGAUGAUGUUCAAAAAGGGGAGCUUUGAAAUCGGAGCCACAGUUUACCCUGUAGCCAUCAAGUAUGACCCACAGUUUGGAGAUGCCUUUUGGAACAGCAGCAAGUAUGGCAUGGUGACCUACCUCCUCAGGAUGAUGACCAGCUGGGCCAUUGUCUGCAGUGUCUGGUACCUGCCCCCAAUGACCAGACAGCCUGAAGAGGAUGCAGUGCAGUUCGCCAAUCGAGUGAAGUCAGCCAUUGCCAGGCAAGGGGGCCUUGUGGAUCUGCUCUGGGAUGGAGGACUGAAAAGGGAGAAGGUGAAAGAUGCAUUCAAGGAGGAGCAACAGAAACUCUACAGCAAAAUGAUUGUAGGCARCCACGAAGACCGGAGCCGCUCGUGAGUCUGCUGCCUCCAGCACUGCCACMGUGGCCAAAGCCCUCUGCCUCCAGCACCAACCAGGGCUUGUCUGGAGCAACUCUCAAUCUUUGGACUUGGCUAUUCCAGAGCUGCUUGGACUUGCUCCUUCAUCCUCUGGCUGUUGUUUCCUGGAGGCACUGUUACUGUCUGGAGUCUUUAGGCCCUUGGCAGCUCCUGGCAAAGAUGCCUUCUCGUUCCUGUUACAGUGAAGCCCCUUGCAGGGGCAAUAUUAAAUGAAACUCUUACAGUGUCAUGUGCUUCCAUCUGAUGUGUCCAGCCCCGAGGAAGGACUGGUGUGAUGUGCAUGUGUGUCAGUCACAAGUCUCCCACAGCACAAAAGCUGAUGAACUGUGCUGAAGUUGGCUGCCUUGACAGCCAAGGAAGUCCUCGUGAACCUGUGCCCCCUGUGUGUGGCAUAAACCCCUUAGGAGCAGAAUAUGGUCUCUCAGGCCAUUUCCAAAUCCACUAUCAGGAGAAAUCUUUUGCCACCUUCCUGUGCCSCAGACUGUUGGUUCUGCAGGGUCUGAGUAAGAGCCUCUUCGCUGCUCCUGAGGCAGUGAGGAUCAUCCUCCUUUGGAAACCUCCUCUGUCCCCUGCAGGGAGCCCGGUGUCACUGGAGUGGCAGCUGGGUCUCCUGAGGAAUCUGUGUGUGCUGUAGUGGGAGCCCAGGGUGUGGAGGAGAGUCCGAGACUUCAUGGCUGGGGCUGCAAAUCCCUUUUCAAAUGUCUGCUGAGGGAAACAGUGGGAUCUGAUCUUGUCCUGCACCAACACACACAUGGAUAGUAUCAACUUGUUGCAAGAAAACUGAAAUUUAGUGCUGGAGAUAGUGCCCCGUUUCUGCUCUGCAAGUAAAUUAUUUAGUAAAACAACUUGCAUUUCAGCAUUUAUCCCAUGUACUUCCCCAUUUUCCUUACAUUCCUACAAACUUGAGCACUUAAACCGGGUUCUCUGCUAUUAUAAGCAAGAGCUGUUUCACUGCUUUCGCCGAAGCCUGCCUGCAUUUUCUAGCACUCUGGAGAAGGCAGUUACCUAAGUGCCUCCUUUUUACCUCAAGUGUUGUUUGUUGGGGAGGGCAUCUGCUACCCCGGGUAAGAACAGCUGUUCAGUGUAAGUAGCCUUAAAUCUGAAUUUUCCUGUGGUUUUAUUUCCUGUUUGCCUGAUGGAACUUUGCUGCUCUGGCCCCAAGUCUUGCAGAGCUUUUCMCUCGCUCUGGGGCCAUUUGGACACUGACCCCUGCACCUUGCUGUGGUCUGGCCAGCUUAGAGGGAGCCACCGUGGGCCAUGGGGUGCCCGGGCAGUGCCAAGCUCCUGGGUGCUGUCAUGACCUUUCACCAUGUGCCAAACCACUGCUGGGGACACAGCUCUGUGCUGGGGACGUGGACAUUGCUGCCUGCCAGUCCCUGCUGCCCAGGCAGCCUCUCCAGGCUCUUCUGCACUUGUCCCCCAUUCAGCAGCUGCUCCUGAGGAUUCUCAAGGGCUGUGCCCCCAGGAGCUCUCCUCUCUGGGAGAAGGACUGACAUUUCCUCCAGGCAUUGCUGAAGACCCCAGGCCUCCCCCCUCCCUGCCAUGCUUGGACCCAGCUGCAGGUGCCCACAAGUUUCCUGCCUGCAGUUGGCUCCCCUGUCCCUGCUGCYGUGCUGAUGUGCAGAGCUCUCCUCAGCUUUGCAGGACCUGCAGCCACCCUGCUGUGCUCAGGGACCAUCCCCAGCAGCGUCCAGGAUGCUCCACAGCAGGCAAGCGACUGGCUGGACAGGUUAGGAAGCACACAUCCAUCUUUCCUCGGCUCUUCCACCCCAUGCCCCCAGUCAAUAUGUCUCUCUACGAUGAGAAAGUUAAUAAAUUUAGCUCUAGAUUAAAAGUAUCGAUCAUUUCAUUUGUAAGCGAUAAAUAACCAGGGGGGGAGCACUGGGUGGCCCACGGGGUAGGAGCUGCUGGCUGGGGCUGCAGCAGCCGUGCACCCCAGUGGGGCCAGGAGCCCUCAUAUGCAUUCUGCCUGGAUGCUGGCAUUGAUUUGCUAUUAGUCUCCACGCACCACCCAGUAGCACAUCAUUCCCGGAGCCGCUAUUAAUGGCCUUUUGAUAAAUAAUCACUUGUAAGUCAAUAAAUUUUUAUUAAACAGU